AUGAGCCUACUGCAGGGGCUCAGCGACGGGGAGGAGGAGGCGGAAGAGGGAGCGGAGGCGGACGGGGAGGGGGAGGAGGAGGCGGAAGGGGGAGGGGAGGCGGACGGGGAGGGGGAGGAGAAAACAGAGGGUGGAAGAGAAGCGGACGGGGAGAGGCGGACAGGGGAGGAGGGUGAUAAGGGAGAAUGCGACAGGCAAGGGGGUGAGGUAGGAGGGGAGACAGACGGGGAGGAGGGUGAGGUGGGUGUAGUGGCGAACUGGCAGGGGGACGGUGAAAUGGAGGGGGAAGAGCGAGCGGCCGUGCGGCAGCAGCAGGUGCAUGGAGGGAGUGCAGCAGACCAGUCCCACUUGCCGCCCCUGCAGACCCCCCAUUCUCCACAGCCCCUGCAUUCUCCACAAUUCCAACAUUUUCCACAGCCCCAGCAGCUUCCACAGCUUCAGCUACAGGAUCAAACUCAGGAGCCCGAGCGAACUCAGGAGCCCGAGCGAACUCAGGAGCAGGAGCAAACUCAAGAGCAGGAGCAAACUCAAGAGCCCGAGCGAACUCAGGAGCAGGAGCAACGUCAAGAUUCGCUGCCUUGUCAAGCGGAACACAGGUUGAGCUCUGAUAUUGGUCAUGACGAACAGACGGUGUUAGCUCCUCGUGCGGUUGAGUGCGGUGGGGAGGGUGUGGCAGCGGUAGAAUGGAGUGCUGUUGCUCGCCAGUGCGGUGCAGGCGAUGGUUCUACUGUAGUGGCUGUAACGGAGUGUAACACUGUGACGGAGGGCAGCACUGUAACGGAUUGUGGCUCUAACGCGUAUUCGAGCUCCGUGGCUUGUUCUACAACCGCAGGGCCGGGGAAGCAGGCGGAAGGGUGCGCGGCAGGGGACAUGGGGGAAAGCAACGCACAGGAUGAGGGGAGGAAUGGGGGAUUUAAGGCGCAGGGUGAGGGGAGAGGCACAGGGGAUAAGCGCAGGGGCAGGGAGAGGGGGCGGGGGAGGGGAGGGGCUUUGGGCGGGGUACGGGGGAGGAAGGGGCGGAGGGGGGGAAGAAGCGGAGGAGGGGCAGGUGGUGGGGAAGUGCCAUGGUUGGACGAGGGAUGUUUGGAAGAGUUGAGUGCGGUGGAGGCGGGUUUAGAGGAGAGCGUUCAGUCGAACGAUGUGGAGGUGGAGGGGAAUGGGGGGAGGGAUGUGGCUGGGGCGGAGGGGAGUGCAGUGGAGUGGGGAGGCGGGGCCGAGGGGGAGGAGGUUGACGGGGGGACGAGUGGGGAGAGCCGUUUGAAGGGCACGGGAGGGGAAGAAGGGGAGAAGGGAGAGGAGGGAGAGGAGGGAGAGGAGAGGGAGGAGCGAAAUGCGCGUUUGCGGGAUCUAAAGGAUGGAGAGGGAGUGGAUGAUGGGAAGGGUGUGGAGGAGGAAAGGGGGGUGGUGGAUGGGGAAGGGGUAAAAGAUAAGGAGGGGUCUGAUGGCCGGGAGGGGUUGGAAGAUGGGAAGGGACCGGAGGAUGGGGAGGAGAUGAGGGAUGUUGAUAAGAAUGGAGGGAAGAACGAGGAGGGAGAGGAUGGGGGGAACUGGGAGGGUGGGAGGAUUUGGGUUGACCGGGAGGAAGGUGAGGAGAGAGGGGGGGACAGAUGGAUGGACGACGAGGAUGGGUUGGGAGAUGCGAGGAGGGAAGAAAAGGAGGUCGAAGGUGGUGGGGCAGGAGGAGAGGCGAGGCGGAAAGAAGGGGAGGCUGACGCAGAUGGGGCAGGGGGGCAGACGAGGAGAGAUGAAGGGGAGGGUGAAGCAGGAGGGGCAGGGGACGAGGCGGGGAGGGUGGAUCAGGGGCAGGGCGGAGAGGGGACGGGGGAGGGGAGGGGGGAGGGGAGGGAGGAGGUGAGGGAGGAAGUGAGGGCGGAAGUGAGGGAGGAAGUGAGGGCGGAAGUGAGGGAGGAAGUGAGGGCGGAAGUGAGGGAGGAGGGGACGGAAGAAGGGAGGGGGGAGAUGAAGGGGGCGGAGGAAGUGAGGGAGGAAGUGAGGGAGGAAAGGAAGGCGGGGGUGAGGGAGGAAUUAAGGAAUGAAGUGAGGGAGGAAGUGAGGGAGGAGGGGAAGGAGGAGGUGAGGGAGGAAAUGAGGGAGGAAGUGAGGGAGGAGGUGAGGGAAGAAGGGAGGGAGAAAAAGAUGGAAAGGGAGGAGAGGGUAGGAGAGGAGGUGAGUGAGGAGGAGGUGAGGGAGGAGGAGGAGAGGGAGGAUGAGGUGAGUAGGGAGGAGAGGGAGGAGAGGGAGGAGAGGGAGGAGAGAGAGGACAGGGAGGAGAGAGAGGACAGGGAGGCGGAGCACACAGCUGGUGCAGGGGCAGCAGCAGCGCCGUGGCUGCAGAUACGGGCGCUUUGCAAUCCACAGCCCACCUGUCCGUUACUGACAGCAGCACCUUGGCUGUUGGUACGGGCGCUUUGA